AUGGACUUCGACGCCCCAUCCAAAGUCCCCCCAAGCUCAACCAAACAAGCCUGUGAUAACUGUCGCCGCCGCAAAAUCAAAUGCUCCCGCGAUCUGCCCUGCGAUAAAUGUCAACGUCUCUUAUUAUCCUGUUCCUACAGCGACGUACUCCGGCGCAAGGGCCCCAAGUUCAGAACUCUCUAUCCCCUCGCGCCGAUCCACCCAGUCGUCCCCGCACGAAGCGACACCGCAACCCCAGACCAAAUUUACAGCGGAACAGACUCAAGCUCUUUCCCCGAUCAAUCAGGCUUCAGACUAAGCUCGCCCACAUCCCCUGCCUUCGCAAUCAACGAUGCCCCCUUCGCCCAGUAUGAUCUCUCCGACUCCUUCUCUCAACUCCCGCCGCCGGAGCUGGGCUCGUCGCCCGACUCGAUGGAUAUGCAUACCGUUGAUUCGUCCGCAUAUGGGCCCAUCAUGCCCCCAAGAAUAGCGCGUCUAUCACCGCAGAUCUUGCUGGCGCAUGUAAACGUUUAUCUGAAAUACUUGUUCCCCAUCAUGCCGGUCGUGCGGGGUGAUCAGCUCCGUCGCGAUAGUCUGCAGCCAGAGCGCCUGUUGCCGCAGAGAUAUGCCUUUCUGGCUGCUAUAUGUGCGGCUACGCAUAUCCAGCUUAAGCUUGAUGGGGCGAAUCCUGGUCCGGACCAGGCACGGCUGCAUACUCUUGGCGAUGGUGAUGUGCUUGUCUCUGGGGAGAAGUUACUGGAGGAAGCCGUGCGGGCACGGCGGGAUUGCGAUAUUGUAGAGGACAUCAGUAUUGAGAAUCUUCUUACUUCUUUCUUCUUGUUUGCUUCAUAUGGGAAUUUGGAUAAACAGACUCAUGCGUGGUUUUAUUUGUGCCAGGCUACUUCCAUGGCGUUUACGUUGGGUUUGCAUCGGGAGUCUUCGUAUGCAGACUUUCAGGUCGAAGAGGCCGAGGAGAGGAGAAGAGUAUUCUGGCUUCUCUUCAUAACAGAAAGGGGUUACAACCUCCAGCAAUCCAAACCAGUCAUGCUCCGCAGCUCCAUCCACAAACCACAAGUCCUCUGCUCCGAGGAUCCCAUUCUAGCAUAUGGCUUCAUUAACCUCAUAAAUAUCUUCGAGAAGCUCACUGCAAAUCUCUACGACUGGAUCUCCGCCGGUGGUAGCGACGGCCUAAUCGAACAGGCACCAACAUCAGCCAUCCAGUCCAGCCUAUCCAAGCCCAUCACGCUGGAUGGCGUCCUAGAAAUCCAACAAGUCGACAUUUUAAUAACACAACAAUGGCUCCAAGCCAUGAUGUGGAAAUUAUCCAUGAGCAAUGCAUCACAGUCCGGCUCAAAAGAUGACUCAGUCCUACCGUUUCAUUUGCCGGUAUUAGUCGGGAAGGCCGUCAUGAGCGUGAUAGGGAGCGCCUCACAGGGUGCAGUGGACGCUCAUGGAAUCGGAAUGGAGCAAAAGCUAUUCGACAUGGGCGUCUCAGUCGCAGACGUAACCCGCUCUCUCGGCUCAAAAGCCGUCCACCGACUUGCCGAGUCAACUGUCGAUCCCCGCGAACUACUUUGGGGCAUCCUGCAUACCCUUUCACAGAUCCGCGGGUCACCGUCGUAUCUUUUUCCAUCGCUGCUAGAGCGAUGUAAGCAUGUCAUCGGCCUAGAUGGCACGAUCAACAUGGGAAAUUUCCUGCCUACGUUAGGUGAUUCGCCGACACCUGGUCAACGGGGCACAUGGCCUGAUGAUCCGAGGUGGGAUUUAGAUUUACUGGCUAGUAUGCAUCGAGAUGUAGACGAGGUUGGAACGGUUGAUGGGGAGCAUCUAGAACAUGGCAAUGGCAAUGGGAACGGAGAGUCUCAUGGGAUUUUGGGUUUGGGGCAUCAAGGUCUGGGUCCGAUCGGGCUUGAGUUUUGA